UUGUCACCAGUCAAGACGAUUCUCAAUUUUGUAACUUACAAAGGAAAAUUUAUUACUUACUCUUUUUAAUGAUAGGUCAUGCUCUUGGGUCCAAAUUUUAAAGUUACGUUACUGGGCGUGCAAAUAAAACGUUUCAAAUAUUAAGCGUAACAAGUAGAUGGUUUCGUCAGUCUUGUAGAGUCAAUCUUUUAAGUUCUUAUAACCGCUGCAUACUACGUAAUGGCAAUCAUCAAAAGACUGUUGACGGCAGUCAUAUUACUUCUCAUUAGCCAAGGCGUUCUUCUUCAAGAUAAUGAAAUAGUAAAUAGUCAAAUAGUGGAAGAUUUCAAAGAGAAUCUAUUUUGUCUACAGCACAAUGUUUGGCCUGUCCAUUACAAAAUAAAACUAGUAAUACCUCAUAUUGUGGAAGAUGAUUUUACUACUGAUGGUGAAACGGACAUCAAUGUCGAAGUGCGUGAACCGACGAAUACCAUCGAAUUGCACGCUGUAAAACUCACAAUUGACGAAUCGCUGACGAAGAUAACUCGCAAAGAUGCAGAUAUAAAUUCUAAAUCAGAGUAUGUUCCAAAGCAACAUGAAUAUAACCUUUUAACACAAAUUUUGACGCUACAAUUUGAAGAAUUAUUGGAUCCUGGAUUCUAUAUGCUGCAUUUUACAUUUACGGGCGAAAUACGUCAGAUUUUUUCGAAGGUUUUACCCGGAUUAUAUACAAAAUUUCAUUAUAACGAUGAAGGAAGCAAAGCAUGGUUAGCAGUAACACAUUUUCAAGCAACCAGAGCGCGAGAAGUAUUUCCGUGUUGGGAUGAACCUCAUAUAAAAUCGUCCUUCCAAUUAUCAAUCAAGCAUCAUUCUAAUUAUACAGCGUUAUCAAAUAUGCCGUCCGGAUAUAUGCGAUCGGAAAUCGACCAAGUCGACGGCAAGAAAUGGACACAUUUCUAUACAACUCCUUCUAUGCCUGCCUAUUUAUUAGGAUUCGUGAUUGCUGAAGAUUAUGAUCAUGUCUCAAAUUCAAACGGUAAUGUCAAAAUAUGGGGUCCAAAACACCUUCUUUCUCAUGCGCUAUAUUAUCUCGAUAUUGCCGAGAAGGCAAUGCAGGAACUCGAAAAAUUUACUAAUAUUACCGUUCCUGUACCGAAAAUGGAUCAUGUUGCUAUUCCAACUUCUAACGGUGUGGACACUGAUUGUGAAAAUUGGGGUCUAAAUGUUUAUAAACAAGACAUACUUCUUGAAGACAAGAACUUACUGCAUGCGGUUAGUAAUGUAGACAAUAUUAUGGCAAUCACAAACAAGUUAGCGCACCAAUGGUUCGGAAAUUUAGUCAGUCCAAGUAGGUGGAAAUAUUUUUGGUUGACUGAAGGCAUAUCGAUCUAUCUGAAAUUCCAUAUUACUGACAAGCUUGUCAAAGAAAAACGAUUCAUGGAUUUUAUUGUAAUAGACGAUGGACAAAGAAUACUAUAUACGGAUGCACUUUACUCCACUCCAAUUCAUGCAAAUCUCGUUGGACAUGACCUAGAUGUUACUAAUGCAUCUUUCACCAGAAUAUAUAUGAAAUCUGCUUUUCUCCUACGAAUGGCAUCGCAUUUCUUGACAGAGGAUGUUUUCCAAAACGGUUUAAUAAAAUAUCUUCGAAUAAAUGACUACAGAAGUGUUACUCCAGACGAUUUGUGGAAGGCAUUACAAGACGCCCUUGAUGAGUCAAAUGUUAUGCAUGAUGAUUUUACAGUAAAAGACGUAAUGGACACUUGGUUCGAGCAGGCAGGGCAUCCUGUCGUUAUGGUUAAUCGAAAUUAUGCUACAGGCGAAAUCAAGUUAACACAAGAAAUAUUUAAAUCUCCAAAAAACAAUUUAAAAUAUAGUGAAAACAAGAACGGGAAAUGGUGGAUACCUAUAAAUUUUGUAACGCAAAGUAACUUGGACUUCUCGUCUACGUUAGCUACCCAUUGGUUGAAACCACGUGACAAGGAUAUUACAAUCAAUGGAGUGAACACUGAUGACUGGAUUAUUGUAAAUAAACAGAUGACAGGAUUUUAUCGUGUAAAUUACGAUACAAUAAAUUGGAAAAGAAUCGCUGCUUUUCUUAAUUCUGACAACUACGAAAAGAUCCCGGUUAUAAAUCGUGCACAAAUUCUCGACGACGCUUACUACAUGAUGGUGACUGAACGGCUUGACUCUACUACUUUCAUUGAAAUUAUGAAUUAUUUGGCACACGAAACUGACCCUGCGCCAUGGAUCAGUGUCAUGGGAAACUUUUUUAUGAAAAAUAACUACUUGCGAUUAUCCGAAGGAGAAGCAAUCCUCAAGCCAUAUUUAUCGAAAUUGAUGCGUAAACAAUUUGAACGCAUCAACAUUGUAGACAAUCCUGAUGAAGAUCUUUUUACUGCAGAUAUGAGAAUGUAUCUUUAUUUAUUUGUUUGUGUACAUGGACUUAAGGAUUGUCAAGCAAAAAUUACUUCUACAUUACUUGCAUAUGUGAAAGAUCCAAUCGCAAAUAAACCAUCAUUCCCGCAAGAACGGAUAUUUUGCCAUGGUCUCAUAAAAGCAAAUGAAUCAUUUUGGGAUCAAUUCUUACAAGCACAUCAAAAAACAUCAAAUUCUCACAAACAAUUUCUUGGUUGUUCGGAGAAUUUGCACAUUCUUGAAAAACAUUUAAAUUCUUUUUCUAACGAUACAAAAAGAUAUAGUGUUCUUUUGGAAAACAUGUUCAGAUUUAUUCCAAAUACUGAUCCAGUGAUUGAUUUUGUUAUUAAUCAUUAUGAGGGUUUUAAGGAUGAUCCAGAUAUUGUUGGAAAGCUCAUUGACAAUAGUUUUAGAGAAAAGAAAUUGAACAAGAUAAAAGCAUUUGCUGAACAACAUAAUCAAAAUUAUGAACAGAGAUUAAACGAAAGAAGAACAAUCUUAAAAGAAAUGAGCAAUAAUUUGUCAAAAUUUCAAGGUGCUUUGGAAAAUAAAAAAUCCACCAAUCCAGCAAUUUAAGCAAUGAUACAUCACAAUCGGAUUUAAUCCAUGUAUAACAAUAAAUAAAUAUACAAAUUAUGAAUACAUAAGAAAGAAUAAAAUUAUUUCAAUAUAUUAUUAUAAUAUUAUUAUAGUAUAUUAAAUAUUAAUAUUAUUAAA